AAAUAAUGCGAUAAGAAGAUUAUAUUUCAGUGUUAUUCAAAAACCUAUAUACAAGCUCCGAGUGUGUUGGCCAAUGUUCGUGAUCGUCCACAGGAGUGUGGCGUAUUAUUGACGUGCAGUCUUUCCUGGCACCCUGGCGCACAGCAAAGCUCAUUCAGUGAUAUGAAUAAGAAGUACUUCUUGAAUCAUCCGGGCGGCCCUAAAACAUGGACAUCUUGAAAGCAAAUCUAGCAGCACUUCCUGCCGAAGUUCUCGAAUCCGUGGCACGAAAUCUUCAGUUAUCUGAGCUACGUUGCUUACGCUUGACUUCCAAAGCGCUUGAAGUGAAGUCGUCUUACCAUUUCGGGCGUACCCAUUUCGCUACAGUGACGACGAACAUGUCAUUUGCGAGUAUACAAAAACUCGAAAGCCUCUCAAAGUCUACAUGGGCGGUGCACAUAAAAGUCUUUCGGCUGGACUGGGACGAAGAAGCCGGCCAUGGACUCAUUUGGGGUCGAGAGCGCAAACCUUCCAAAGCUAUACUUUCCAGCUUACCCGUUAUGCAACAAGUACGCGAUAUCAUUCUUCGGUUUAUCAACUGUCGCUCCAUUUGCAUAACAACCCCAUACGAACAUGACCAUAUGUUCUGUCCAAGGGUAGAUAUGCUUGGAUGCAGCGAUUUACUUGGACUCUGUUUCAUCCUUGUUGCGGAAACUGGCCUAGCGCUCGAAACAUUCCGUCUUGAGAUGGGGUCGAAUAGUAAAGACCGAGUUAAGAAUGGCCUGAUUCACAUGGAGCAGAUUGAGAGACCGACGUUCAGAAAAACAUUCUCCGAGCUUAAAGAACUGUCACUCAGACUUAGCGUUGACGAUACCCCUUGCGAUUGGGUUUGGAAGUUAGUAUCAGAAGCGGUACAAUUGCGAAAACUGGAUUUUGAUGUAACCAUUUUUGAACCUUUCUAUUUCGAACCACUCAGCCUAUCUCAUGUUCGGGAAUUAUCGUUUAGCUAUAUGAAAAUUUCGGAGGCAAAUCUAACUACGCUUCUACAACGGUGUCGCCACUGUCUUCGAUCUCUAAAGUUAUUUGGGACCAGACUAGAUCAAAGUUGGAGAGGCAUUCUUCGGUUCUUACAGAAUUUCCACGAUCUUGAACGGAUAUCCUUUCAUUUCCUUAGAGUGUAUCGUGGCACGCUACCAUGUGCAUUCAAUUCUCUAGGUGAUAGUGUAGUAGGGUCCAGUCCUUCGAAUCCAAAGCUUCAAUUAAGAAGAAAGGGCCCCUCAGGACGCCAGAGAAUUGUUGGAGUGGAUUACAGCGGACCGAGCAUGCGAAGGGUUUUGGAGAUGCUAGAAAAUGCAAUAGACCUGUAGGGUUUUAAGAAGAACAGAGACCUGGAAAGUUGACGAAAGGAAUAGUUGAUAGUCUACGGAUGAUCGAGAAAGUUAGAGCCAGAAUUCUCAGUCUCCAUCACACCACCUGGUACAACUCAUCAUAGCACAGGCUGUCUAUCUACGUGAUUGCUUGCUACUAUCGGUUGACGUUGGGACCGGAGAGCUCGAAAUCAGAGACGGUGAGGUAACACAACCGCCUGCUUUCUGUCAUUACAUGGCCGCUUCCUGAUGGAUUGCGGGCCUGAUUAAUUUUUCUGUUUUGUGGUAUCAUAUCAUUCGAGCCGAUAAAAACAUCAUC